CCACCACCAUCACCAUCACCAUCAUCACAAUGACCAAGCGCAUCAUCGUAACCGGCGGCUCCGGCACCGCCGGCCAACACAUAAUCACCUACCUCCUCUCCCAAGGCCACGACAUCCUAAACAUCGACCUAGCACCCCUCCCAAACCCCGCUCUAGCCUCCCAAGUCCACACCCUCCGCGCGGACCUCACCUCCAGUGGCCAAACCUACAACGCGCUCACCUCACACUUCCACCUCACCGAACCCUUCCGCGAACCCCUCCACCAACUCCCCGACGCGGUGAUCCACCUCGCCGGCCACGCCCGCAACAUGAUCGUCCCAGACAACGAAACCUUCCGCGUCAACGCCCUAUCCAUGUACAACAUCAUCGAAGCCAGCUGCCGACUAGGAAUCAAAAAGCUCAUUCUCGCCAGCUCCAUCACCGUCUACGGGGUCAGUUUCGCUGAAGGCGAUAUCGAUUUCCCUUCCUUUCCCGUCACCGAAGAAGUAGAUGCGAACCCCAUGGAUACGUACGCUAUUUCUAAGCUAUGCGGGGAGCGUAUAGCGAGGGGCUUUGCUCGACGGUUUGGUGCGGAUAUCUAUGUUCUUCGUCUGGGGAGGGUCAUUGAACCGCAUGAGUACAUGGGUCCCAUGUUUCGGUCUUAUGUUCGGGAGCCGGAGAAGUGGCGCGUGCAUGGCUGGUCGUAUAUUGAUGUUAGGGAUCUAGGGCAGAUUUGUCAUUUGGCGGUGGGGAAGGAUGGGUUGGGGUUUCAGAUCUUUAAUGUCGUUAAUGAUACUAUUACGAAUGAGGAGGAGACGGGGGUGUUUUUGAGGAGGGUUUGUCCCGAUACUCCUGUGACGAGGGAGAUGGGGGUUAGGGAGGCCCCGAUUUGUAAUUUGAAGGUUAGGAGGUUGUUGGGGUUUAGGGAGGGGUUUGAUUGGAGGAUGUUUUAUGAGGAGUAGGGGAUGCCUUUUUCUUGCGUUACCUAUAGCUCCCCUUGCGAGAAUACGUUCUUCUCGGACCAUGAUGGAGGAUAUAGAUAGCCG